CCGCGGCGGGCGGCAUGGCGGCGGGGCGGCGGGAGCGCUGAGCCGCGGGGCCCCGGGGCGCCAUGGUUUUCCUCACGGCGCAGCUGUGGCUGCGGAGCCGGCUCACCGACCGCUGCUGGCGGGUGCAGGAGGUGCUGCAGCACGCCCGGCACUUCCGGGGUAGGAAGAACCGCUGCUACCGGCUGGCCGUCCGGGCCGUGACCAGGGCCUUCGUGAAAUGCACGCAGGCCCGCAGGCUGAAGAAGAGGACCAUGCGGACCCUCUGGAUUAACCGAAUUACAGCUGCCUCCCAGGAGCACGGCCUGAAGUACCCAGCAUUCGUUUCCAAUUUAAUUAAGUGCCAGGUGGAGCUCAACAGGAAGGUGCUCGCAGACCUGGCCAUCUACGAACCCAAGACUUUUAAGUCCCUGGCGGCGUUGGCCGAGAGGAGGCGACAGGAAGGACUUGCUGCGGCCCUGGGGGACGGCCGGGAGCCGGAAGGCGUGUUUUCCCGAGUGGCGCGGGACCACUGACCUGGGAGCGCUGGGAGGCCACUCUGCCUGCUGGUGCUGACAGCAAGCACAGGAGGGAGAGAAUUCAUCAGCAGUGUGCAAGUGUCGCUUGUAACUGUUCCCAGAGCCACCUUCCACUGUCUGCAAAUAAAGCCCACGUGUCCAGCUCUGA